UUGGAGUUCAGAGUGGGUUGCUAUCUGGCCUUUGAGCCCCUGAGCGCUCUGCAGGGUGGGGGUUUCAUGAUCUUCAGUCCAGUAGCCCGGUGAAUCUCCAGUUGGAGGGACAACCAAGUGGCAAAGCUGAUGAACCAGUAUCUCAUCUUAACCCUUAAACCAUUAUUCUUCUACCUACCCUAAAGUCAUUUAAUUCUGGUCUCUACUUGCCAAGGUAGGACCUCAGGCCUGACUGGUGUAAUUUAGCAAGGACAGGGAUGGCAGACAAACUGGGACAACCUGUUGGUGCUGCAGAUGAGCCCAGUGCCUUGAGCAUCUUCUCUCUGCUGGAGCGUGUGUCCGGGAUCAUUGACAAUGUGCAGGCGUGCCAGCAGCGCAUGGAAGAGAGGCAGCUGGAGCUGGAGAACAAUGUCAAGAGCAUCCAGGCAGAUGUAGUCAAGCUGACCAAGGAGCACAACACCACCAGCAGUAUAGUGGACAAGCUGCUGGAGAAAACACGGAAAGUCAGCUGUCACAUCAAGGACGUGCGCGUCCGUGUGGAAAAGCAAAAUCUUCGUGUCAAAAAAGUGGAAGAGACGCAGGGCGAGCUGCUAGUCAAGAACAAGUUCCGUGUGGUGAUCUACCAGGGUGAGCAGGAGCUGCCAGCUGUAGUGGCUCCCAAGGGCUCCCCAAAAGAAGAAGCAGGUGCCAGCGCUUCCAUGGAUCCGGAUGCCCUGCUUCCUGACUCUGAUGAGGAAUACAUGGUUGUUGAGGAGGGUGACUCCGCGGCUGCUAAGAUGAAGAAGACCGGCCUAAAGCGCAUUGAGAGUCUGAAGAACACCUUUUCUCGCGAGAACAUGACCAAGACCAAGGAGAACCUCGGCAGCAAAGUAAACAAGCUCGGUGAGCGCAUAGUGACGGCCGAGCGGCGUGAGAAGAUCCGUCAGUCAGGCGAGCGUUUGAAACAGUCUGGAGAACGUCUCAAAGAAACCAUCACCAAGAAUGUUCCAGCAAAGCUCAACCUGAAGAAGGAGAGGACUGUGGCUGAGGGUCAGGAAGGAGCCGAAGGGACCACAGAGAGCGCAGUGCCCAUUCCACCGCCUAAAGGCCGUAAAUCCAGUCCAGAUGUGGCUUACACAGAGCCCACACUGAAGCAAGAAGGAGCAGGAGAGGGCAAAGCGGAGGAAACGGAAGUGCCCAUGUUUGAUAUGAAGCAGCUCUCCUAAGCAGAAAGUCUGGCAAAGCGAAGGAAUGUUUUUGGGUUUGGGUCACUUUAUCGGGCAAUCCUCACCUCCUGGUGAGACAGCUGAAUAUGGAGUGCUCAAGAAAUGGGCCAGAUAGAGAUCCAAUGAAAAGAAGUACAGAGCACCCACACAAAAAAGACUUGAUGGAUGGUUUUUACGUGUAACAGAUGGAAUACGGAAAGUCCUCUAGCACAUCAACAGAAUUUAAUAGAAUUUUUUUUUCCUUUUUUUUUUUUUUUUUUUUUACAAUUAUUAUGGACUCAGAAACUUGGAUGGAAAACGUAAGUUGAAUAACAGGAAAUAAUUGCGCUGUGGGCGUUUUCACAAUUGUAUAAUUGCUAACAUUCUAGUGCUGACUCAUGGUCAUCUUUUUUCGCAUGUAACAUCACGUAUGUAUUUUCUGUGAUACUGCAGUACAGUUUUCAAACAGUUAGCUUUGCUGUCUGACCCUGAUAAUCUCACGUAAUAAACCAACACACAAACUCAAUCAGCUGGUCUCUGAGAAGUCUUUUGAAAAAGGAAUGGCUAGUCUUUUUAAACAACCAAUAGCUGCAUAUAAGUUUUAGUGUUUGUGGGGUUAUUUUGUUUUGUUUGUUUUUUGUGUGCAUUUAAAGUUGCCCAGUACGUUAGAAUUGGCAAUGUACUGGUCAACAGCACCUCACUGCAUGAGUGAUUACACUUACAAGAAAGAUUUUAUUAUCCCCAACUCUGUUCAAUAGACAGCAAAGACGAAACACAAGGAUUGCACACUGUACUGCAUGUAAUUUAUGAAAUUUUAUGUUUAUGUUUUAUAUUCUAUUUAAGCAUUUAGACUAGCUAUAUUCUAGAUGUUCACUAAAUGCAUGCUUUGAGACUUUAGAUUUAUAAAUAUUUACAUGGUGCUGCUAAUUGUUCAACUCACCCUAGGUGGCUGUGCACUAAGGACGUUGUAUAUUUUAUAUAGUGUCAACUGUCAACCCUUAUGUCAUUUUACAAAUCAGUCAUUAUAUGUAUCCUUUGCAUUUUCAAUACUGGAAAACAUUAAAUAAAGAACAGUCCUGGUUGCCUGGUAA